AAAACAAGUGUUAGAAACUUCUGUGCUCGAAUCUGCGCCGACUCACUGUAUCGUGCUGGAAUAAACGCGCCUGUCUGGAUUAUUAACGCUUGUCUGUGAGAGUUGAACUGUUUUAUUGCGUUUACAGUUUCACUAAAACAUCAUCCGUGGACAUUGAAUGGUUUAUUGAGAAGAUGAGGGAUUUAAUGUCUCUGUUGGUGUUUGUACUGAUCAUCUGCACGUCGGUUGGGGCGAGGUGUCCUAAGGUCUGCAAGUGUCCGGUGGAGCGGCUCGUGUGCCCACCGGGUGUCAGUGCGGUGCCCGACAAAUGCGGCUGCUGUAAGGUUUGUGCCGCCCAGCUGAACGACAACUGCCAUGACGACAGACCCUGCGACCAUCACAAGGGCCUGGAGUGUAACUAUGGCAACGAUGUGGCCAGUAUCCACGGUAUCUGCCGGGCUAAACUGGAAGGUCGCUCUUGUGAAUAUAACGGCCGGAUGUAUCUAAAUGGAGAAAACUUCCGAGCAGGCUGCAAACACCAGUGCACCUGUAUCGAUGGGGCAGUGGGCUGCGUCCCCCUUUGCCCCACAGACAUUCCCCUGGCAUCGCCAUCCUGUCCCGCACCUCGGCUGGUUAAAAUCCCCGGCCAGUGCUGCCUCAGUGUGGACUGUCACGAUGGGUCCUCUGUCCUGCCGCCUGUGUUCAGACGCCCGCAGCCGCCUCCCUACCUGUUCCCUGACCUGCACACCUUCAAGAAGCCCCGACCGAAGCCAUACCCCUACAAGCCCAAAGACUCCCUGAGCAAUGAGCUCACAGAGGUGGAGCAAAAGUGGGACAAACCACGCAGUCGAAAACACCUGCCAGUGUGGAAGCAAGCCGGACGGCAAUGUGUCGCUCAGACGACAAGCUGGACACCUUGUUCGCGCAGCUGCGGGAUGGGUGUGUCGUCUCGGGUCACCAAUGAGAACGCUCAGUGCAAACUGCUGAAGGAAACCAGACUCUGCAACAUUCGCCCAUGUAGUUCUGUGGCUGUGCCUAUAAAGAAGGGGAGGAAGUGCUCUCGUACGCAGAAGUCUCCCGAACCUCUGCGUCUGCGCUACGCCGGCUGCCGCAGCACGCGUCUCUAUCGACCCAACUACUGCGGGAUGUGUCUGGAUGGGAGAUGCUGCUCUCCCCGUCGCACACGAACGGCCCCCGUGCUCUUCGCCUGUCCAGAUGGUGAGCGCUUUGAGCGGGCCGUCAUGUUCGUGCAGUCCUGCAAGUGCAACGACGAAUGUGGCCACCUGAAUGAUGCAGCGCUCCCACCUCAGCACUGGCUGUACGGUGACAUGCACAAGUUCAUUGAUUAAGGGUUCCUCUGAAGACCUGCCCCCGUGUCCUUCCCCAUCCAAUAGAGUAGCGUUUCGAAGUGUAGACGCCAGGCCAAGGCCUCAUUAUAACGCAAAUCCACAUGGAAAAAAGGGACGUUUUGGUUUCCGAUCCCUUGUACCAAGAGCCUUAGAGUAGAUGCGCUUUCCGUGAGGAUCCAGGACGGGACUUGUCCCAGUCGUGAAUAUAUACAAAUGGAUUUUUUGGUCCUCAUCAUGAACAGUGAUGCAUUAUGGGGCACCUGCACAAUCUAGACUUUAAGCAGGUUUGGAGAGAAAAAAAAAACAAGACGAGAUUAGACACUUAAACAUGGUGGGACAGACUCUCAGCUUCAUAAGGGCUGGUCUUUACUUCUUUUGUAGUGAUUGCUUUGCCUUGACGUUCAAAGAACAGCCGGCAAAUACAAGGGAAACUCAAUGGGAAGUCGUUGUAAGCUUUGGCUCAGCUGCUUGUGGACUCAACGCUGAGCCAUUUUGUGAGCGCAUGACUCCAUCAACUCACCGAGGGAUAUCUGCCAAGCGCCGCAGCUCCCUGGCGUCAAAACGUCGGCUCCUCUGCUCCCGGCUAAUUACAAUCCUCUUCUAUGGGGGCAGAAAGAAACCCAGUAACCCUCUGGUUUGCAAUAAAAAUAUGUUUAAAACACCAGCAUCUGAUGUAAACAUGUAAUUUGAAAGUAAUGGGUGGGACGGUUCUCUCAAAUGCUGCUCUAGUCUGGUCUUUAAUCUACCACGUGAUGGCAAACGGCACUGUUGUCGGUGUGUUUUAUGAUGCAGCGGUCUCUAUUUUUGCCUGGCAUUGGUACAUGAACUGACGGAGGUGACGUCGUGCCAUCUGCCCUGAAGAACAAGGGUUUGAACAGGCUUUGAGACACAAAUAGCCAAACUUCUGAAAGUGAGAAGCCAUGUUAUCAUAGAAUGAUUGUGAUAUUUUUUGCUAAGUUAUGUUUCCCAAUCAUACCUCAAUUAAGUAAAACUACAUUUUUUACAUUUUACACGUCCGAUAUCGUAUUCGUUAUGAACUGGGAGUACAUCAAUAUACUGCAUGUAAAGUGAUUAAAUUGAACGGCUUUCUGUUGUUUCGUGUUUGACUAACUGCCUUCUCGAAUCGAUCAAUUAAUUAGCAUAAGUUAUUAAGGUGCGGUAACAUUUACCGUUCAGCGAAUUUUCGCGGGCGAAAUCCAGUCAGGAAUCUAUGCGUUCGGGAAUUUCGCGUGAGGGCGAAAUAUUUCUCUGCAGAUUUCGCGUAAGGUUCAGUUGAUCACGUAAAUUCGCCGCGUUAACCCACAGAAAUAUUGUUGAAUCAACGCGGUUCAAAUGACGGAGGUGCGACCAGACGCAACUAACGUUAGCUAGCUAAUUUCUCGGAUGCAUCAUAUGGUAGUUUAGCAGUUACGUCGAUUUUAACGUUUUAUCGUCUAAGUGAAAAUUGUAAAACGAUUACAAACCGCAUCAUGCAGUCUGAUUUAAUUUUAACUGAUGUUUGUAUCCUUUUUUAAAACAUUUUUGUACAUCCUUUUAAACAGUCUGAGUUUUAAUCAAAUGACACCGAGUAGCCAACAUUUUAUUAAAUGCUUCAUAAAUACAUCCAUCAUGCUGCACACUUUGAUACUAUUAAAAACAAGACUUGUCUGGGUUUGGUUCAGGUUUGCUUUAGGAUGUUCAUCUCACUUGUGUUUUACCUCUAAAGACAGAGGACAACCACUCACCAUGUAUCAAAUAAACUGGCUUGUAAAAACUUA